ACAGCGGGGUGAGCCACCUGUGCCGUGCGUUAUUACGGUGUUUUUAGUUUACGACGAUAAUGAUGAUGAUGAUGAUGAUGAUGAUGAUGAUGAUGAUGAUGAUGAUGAUGAUGUUACACUGCGCAGAGGCAGCAGCACGCCACAAGUGAAUUCUUGGGUUUCCGCUGGCUUUAGGCUGAAGGAGGGCUUCGAGCAGAGCCCGCCCUCACGGCUCUGGUCUCAGCUGGCUGCACGCGCAUAUAAGACGCGGAAUAGCCCCGAGGGAGCUCAGAAAAGCCGUGGCCGUGAUCUGAUUGGCCGAGGCGCACGUUCUAUCGGCAAUCGAUCGAUGACUCGCGAGGCACCGCGUCUGCCGCUCGGUCGCAGAAGCAGAGGUUGAGCCGGGGAAGUCCGACGGAUCGCGCGAUGCCCAGCGCGGAUGCAGAGCCGGGUUUGGACGGAGACACGGCGGCCUUUGCGAACCGGGCCCCCGGUGAACGCGCGGUGACGGUGCUGUGGUCGUUUGGGAAAUGCCUGGGCGCGCUCCUGCCGGUGUACCUGGCCGGAUACUACGGCUUCAGCAUCAGCGUUGUCCUGUUCGGGCUCAUGAUCUACAUGGGAUGGAAGCACAGUCGCCUGGAGAAAGUGAUGAGGCUCAAGUCUGCAAUGUACCUCCUGGAGAACGAGAGGGAGUUCACCACUGAAAAGGCUUUCAGGACCAAAAGAGACCUGCCUCCCUGGGUCAGUUUCCCUGACGUGGAAAAGGUGGAGUGGCUCAAUAAGGUCUUACAGCAGGCGUGGCCCUUCAUAGGCCAGUACCUGGAGAAGUUGCUGGUUGAGACCAUUGCUCCGGCCAUCCGAGCCUCCAGCGUCCAUCUGCAGACGCUCAGCUUUACCAAGGUCAACAUAGGAGAAAAGGCUUUGAAGAUUGUUGGCGUAAAGGCUCACACAGAAAACGAUAAGAGACAAGUUAUCUUGGAUUUAUAUUUAAGCUACGCUGGUGAUGUCGAGGUUAAUGUUGAAAUCAAGAAGUACUUCUGCAAAGCUGGGGUGAAAGGAAUACAGCUCAGCGGGAAGCUGCGCGUUAUCCUUGAGCCCCUGAUUGGAGACGUGCCACUGGUUGGAGCUGUCACGCUGUUCUUCAUCCGAAGGCCUAAACUGGACAUUAACUGGACUGGACUCACCAACCUGCUGGACAUCCCAGGACUGAAUGCCAUGUCGGACACUAUGAUAAUGGAUGCAAUAGCCUCUCACCUGGUGCUCCCCAACCGCCUCACUGUUCCCCUGGUAGCCGACCUGCACGUUGAGCAGCUCCGCUCCCCUCUCCCACGGGGAGUGGUGCGCAUCCACCUGCUGGAGGCCGAGAACCUGACGGCCAAGGACACGGUCAUCAAGGGCCUCAUCGACGGCAAGUCGGACCCGUACGCGGUGCUGCGCGUGGGAACCCAGAUCUUCACCUCCCGGCACGUGGACAGCAACCUGAACCCACAGUGGCGGGAGAUGUACGAGGUAAUUGUCCAUGAAGUACCUGGUCAGGAGUUGGAGGUGGAGGUGUUUGACAAAGACCCAGACCAGGAUGACUUCCUGGGGAGGCUCAAGGUGGAUCUGGACAUUGUAAAGAAGAGCAGAGUGGUGCAUGACUGGUUCAGUCUGAGGGACGUCCCAUCUGGCAGCGUUCACCUCCGGCUGGAGUGGCUCUCUCUCCUCCCGUCUGCAGACAAGCUGCCCGAGGUUAUUGAGAAGAACCAAACCCUGACGAGCAAACUGGGCGAUCCUCCGUCUGCUGCCAUUCUAGCCGUCUAUCUCGACCAAGCAUAUGAGCUGCCUCUGAGAAAAGGUAAUAAGGACCCGAGUCCAGUGGUGCAGAUCUCCAUUCAGGAUACGACAAAAGAGAGCAAGACCUGUUAUGGGACCAACCACCCUGUGUGGGAGGAUGCGUUUACCUUCUUCAUUCAGGAUCCUCACAAACAAGACAUCGAUAUCCAAGUUAAGGACGAUGACGGUGCCCUGGUCCUCGGCAGCCUGACCGUUCCCCUCAGCCGCGUCUUGGCCACCUCCGAUUUGACCAUGGACCAGUGGUUCCAGCUGGAGAACUCUGGCCUAGCCAGCCGCAUCUACAUGAAAAUCGUUCUUAGGGUGCUGUGGCUGAAUGAUGAAGCCACUCCUACCACUCCGUCUUCUCGCCCUUCAUCCUCUGGGUCUGGAGUGGGCCUAGAGGAAAUCACAUCAGAAACAAACCCCAUGGGGCCCGGUGGUUUAGCGAAACCGGCGCCUGGACGACCACCGCGCACCACCCCCGACUCAGAAUUUGCCACAGAGGGAGUGUUGAGGAUCCACCUGGUGGAGGCCCAGAAUCUCAUAGCUAAAGACAACUUCAUGGGGGGCAUGGUGAAGGGGAAGAGCGACCCCUACGUCAAGAUCCGGGUGGGAGGCAUCACUUUCCGCAGUCACACCAUCAAAGAAAACCUCAACCCCAUCUGGAACGAGCUGUUUGAGGUAAUUUUGACGCAGCUUCCAGGUCAGGAAAUCCAGUUUGAGUUGUUUGACAAGGACAUCGAUCAGGACGACUUCCUGGGAAGGUUCAGGCUCAAUCUGCGAGAUAUCAUCAGUGGACAAUUCAUCGACUCGUGGUACACGCUGAACGACGUGAAGUCCGGCAGAGUGCGCCUGGUUCUGGAGUGGCUGCCCAGAGUCGCUGACGUGUCCAGACUGGAGCAGAUUCUACAGUACCACUCCCAGCAAACGUACCAGAACAAGGCCGUGCCGUCAGCGGCAGUGCUGUUUGUGUAUGUGGAGCGUGCACACGGCCUGACGUUAAAGAAGAGCGGGAAGGAGCCAAAAGUCGGGGCUGAGCUUAUCCUCAAGGGCGUCUCAUACAAAACCAAGGUCUGCGAACGCUCCACGUCGCCCCGAUGGGAUGAGGCUUUCCACUUCUUGGUCCGUGACCCCAGAGAUGAGAUCCUGUCCGUGAAGCUCUCCCACAGCUGGGGCCAGGCCCUGGGCUGCUUGGCCCUUCCUCUGCAGGACGUGCUGGCUGAGCCCGGCUUGGUGCUGGACCGCUGGUUCAAUCUGGACGGAGCUCUGCCAGAGAGCCAGCUCCUGCUCAGGGCCACGCUCAAGCUUUUAGACACCCAGCUGGCCGCGUGCCGUCGAGCUGCAGGGGACGCGGGUCCUGACGGAGAGGUCGUGAUCCCCCGGUGGGACCCGUCGCACCUAGACCUCAGGCACAGGCCUGGGUUCUCCAUAGCUGCUGAGAAUAAAAACACGGCGGGGCAGGUGAAGCUCACCAUCGGCUACUCCGUGGACGAAGGGCGACUUUUCAUCACCGUUCACUCCUGCAGAGCCCUGAAGUCCUGCUCCAAGGACGGCGCCGACCCGUACGUUUCCUUCAUCCUGCUGCCUGACAAGAAGGCCAACACCAAGAGACGGACGUCCACCAAGAAGAGGGAGCUCAACCCGGAGUUCAACGAGAGGUUCGACUUUGAUUUGUCACUUGAGGAGUCCACACAGAGGAGACUGGAGCUGUCUGUGAAGAACAGUGUGUCCUUCAUGAGCAGAGAGCGGGAGCUGAUUGGCAAGUUGCAACUUGAUUUGGACCAAAUCGAUUUAAAGACUGGUGUCACACAAUGGUUUGACUUGGUAGCAGAGACCAACUAGGAGAACUUACGCUUGCCCAUCACUACUAUAUAACGAUUAUAGCUGUUGCUUUUGUGAUGUGUGAUUUGUGCGUUUGAUCAUUCAGCUUAAAUUGAAACUUCCACCGUCACUGAAGACAGAAAGCACAUCACACAUGGCACAUCAGCGCCACAAACACACAAUCCAUCAGUAUUUAUGAGGAGACCCACCACAUGUAGCAGAUCAUUCAUAGUGUUGCUUGUCUUCUAGCCUCGCUGUCACGCUGAUUCUUCAGGAGAACAAUUUUGCUGAAUAGGUAUUUGAUAAAAAUGCAACUAUGUUGCACAGCCAUGCAAGUUUCAAUAUAUUUAAAAAGCAUGUGAGUCCUCUUUGAAUUUGAUUUACCAAAGGACUUUUGCUGUGGUUUUUAUCCAAAGGUAUAAAAAUGUUUGUGGAUUUAGAUUAGAUUUUAUUAUUUUUUACCUUUGACUCUUUAAACUUUUCCAGAUGUUUCCUUGUUUAUAUAUGUUGAUAUUUUUUGCCUUAAUUAUUAUAAAAACUGUGCACAACUUGUCAGUGUUGAUACAUUCAGUUCCAAAUGAAAGUUACUUUUAUAAAUGGACGUAUAACAAACCUCGACCGUUGCCACUGGAACCAGAGGUGACACUGUAAACGGAGUCUAGAUCACUGUGCUUUAAUAGACUUUGUAGGUGGUGAACACACAUCACUGUGUUUUAAUGCUUCUUUGUGUUUGCAGCGCUGCGUGCUGUUUAGUCAGACAGCAUUUAUGUCACCUCUACACAAAGGCUUUGGACACAGUUUGGAGAAAGGAGGAAAAAAACUGCUGUGCUUGACAUGAUUUGAACAUAUCAUCAUGUAGCUGCUGAAGUUGCUGAUUAAAUGCUAAUUAAAGCUGCACUUUCAUCAAA